GGUGUGAGAGCAAGAGACAGUGAGACCUGCCUCACUAGGUCACAGCACCCCCCCAGCACCUGCUGCUGCUGCAGGUUUCCCGCACCAUGAGGCUGUCCUGGGGGCUCCUCCUGCUCACGGUGACCCUGGCUCCAGGGGGGACGGCUGCUGCCCGCUGCCCUGCACCCUGCAUUUGUGACAACCUCCAUGCCCACGUCCUCUGCCUCAAUGGGAACCUGACAGCCAUCCCUGGCACCAUCCCACAGCUCACCAAAAAACUGGACCUUCGUGGCAACAGCUUCACAGUCAUCCCAGUGGGAGCCUUCCUUGCCACCCCGUACCUCACACACUUGGACCUGCAGCGCUGCAAGGUGGAGAGGCUGGAGGAAGGAGCUUUCCGCGGGCUGGGGAGGCUGGUAUACCUCAACCUGGCCUCCAAUGGCAUAACCCUCCUCUACCAGGAGUCCCUGGACGGGCUGUCUUCCCUCCAGCAGCUCAUCCUGGAGGGGAACCGCAUUGAGGAGAUCCAGCCAGGUGCUUUCAGCCAUCUGGGGUCCCUCACUAUCCUUGACCUGAGGGCAAAUGCUUUGGUUUACCUCCCAGACAUGGUCUUCCAGGGUCUGCAGGCCCUCAGGUGGCUCCGGCUGUCCCGCAAUGCUCUCCAUGUGCUGGGCAGCGAGGCCUUCGCCACGCUGCCUGCCCUGCGCAGGCUGAGCCUAGACCACAAUGAGCUGCAGGCACUGCCUGGGGAGGCCCUGGCCAGGCUGGAUGAGGCCACCCGCCUGGACCUGGGCCACAACCCCAUCACCUAUGUGGCUGAGGAGGCCCUGGCCAUGGCCUCCCUGAAGCACCUCUUCCUGGACCACGCCUCCCUCCAGGACAUGGCACCCAACGCCUUUGCCCACAGCCCUCAGCUGCGCACACUGGACCUCCGUGAAAACCAGCUGCAGGGGCUGCCACCCCUCGCUGGCGUCAGGGGACUGGUGAGGGUCAGCCUGACUGGGAACCCCCUGCUCUGCUCCUGCCUUCUGCGCCCCUUCCACGACUGGCUGGUGAGGGCAUGGGUGCAGGUGGAGGGGGCCUGUGCUGCACCCCCUGCCCUCCGUGGCCGGCCCCUUGACUCCCUGAGGCCCCAAGAGAUGAGAUGCAGUCACCCUCGGCCACCCCCCAGCCCCACCACACCAUCACAACAGCCGAGAGCUGCUGGCAGUGGGCAAUGCCCCCAGGGAUGCACCUGUUCCCCCGAUAUCCACCAUGGGUCCUGCAAGAACAAGGCCCUACAGAAAAUCCCCCAAGGCUUUCCUAGGGACACCCGCCUCCUUGACCUGCGUCAGAACACCUUCAGGACAGUGCCACCAGGUGCCUUCCCUGGCUUGAAGGAGCUGGUGUCCCUCCACCUCCAGAGAUGCAGCAUCAGGACACUGCGCUCCGGGGCGCUGCAGGGGCUGGACAGUCUGGUCUACCUCUACCUCACUGACAACUGCCUCUCCACUUUGGCUGCCACUGCCUUCCAGGGGGCCCCACGGCUGGCCUACCUUGACCUGGACCGCAACACCUUCACCCGCCUGCCCACAGAUGCCUUCCAGAUUCUGCCCAACCUCAUCUCCCUCCACCUGCAGCACAACACCAUUGAGGAGCUGGCGGAGGGUGACCUGGCCGGGGCUGGGGUGCUGCGCUGGCUCUAUCUUGCUGGGAAUGCCAUCAGGUCUGUCGCCCCCACAGCCCUAGCUCCUGCCAAGAUGCUGGAGAAGCUGCACCUGGAGGGAAACUACCUGGUGGAGGUGCCCACAGCGGCCCUGCAGGGCCUGCCCUCCCUGAGUGAGCUGAAGCUGUCCCGAAACCCCAUAAAGCACGUGGGGGAAGGCGCCUUCCUGCCGGUGGCCUCCAGCCUGCAGCACCUCUACCUGGACAACAUGGGCCUGGAGCAGAUUUCCCCCGGUGCCUUUGCUGGCCUUGGUCCCAAGAUCAGAAGCCUCUACCUGGAGAGUAACAAAAUGAGCAACAUCCCUGACAUGAGCAACUUCACAGGGCUGGAGAUCCUCAACCUGAGGGAUGUGCCAUUCCAGUGCGACUGCCAGCUUCUUCCUCUGCGCAGGUGGAUCGACAAACUCAACCUCCGUGUAGGGGCCACCUGUGGGUCCCCUGCAGAAGCCUUGGGCCUGAAGGUGAAGCUUUCCACCACUUUCCAAACCUGCCCUGGCUGGGGCCGAGGCAAGGCUGGGGGAGCCCAUCCUGACAAGAUCAAGGCUGCGAGCAAGCCCACGAAGAAAAAGAGAUCAGGCAAAUCACCAGCCAGAGGCUUCAAGAAGAGCAGAGCUUAGGAAAUGUGUGCAGGAUGUCAGAGGGCUGUACCUACAGUCUGGUGAGAGCAGUUCUAGACCAGUCCCCACUGUGGUGACAUGCAUCUUGCACAAGGUGCAAAGGAGAGAGCCUGGUGCCACUGAAGCAAUGCCGAUUUGUCAAAGAUGCAGGGCUUUUUUUUACAGGACCCUGGAAAGAACUGGUACAAAAAGCUUCCUAGUGUUUGCAGCAUACUUUGAUGACUCAAACAACCAAGCCAAAUACUUGAUUUAUCUUCCCAAGGCUCCUUCCAGCCAUGUGGAAAAGCUGGAAUCUAUAAGUUUGGUUUUGUUUUUAAGAGCACUGUGCUUUCAGCCCAAGAUCUUGCACUGGCUCAAGUCUUAGAGCAGAAAACUUAAAAAUUAUCAUCAGUGAACACAUUGUCUGAAUUCCCAACAACUCCUCACAAUUAAAACAUAAGUAGAUCAAAA